CAGAGAUGAGACAUAACGAAAGAUGUUGUACUCUGCUGUAGAUUUAAGCCCCAAGGGUUGGAAUUAUAACUGCAAUCUGACAGCUGCGAUUUUAUUGGAGGUAUGGUAGCUUUUUCAGCUGCUAAUUUGAUUUAUCAAAAGAAGAUUGGAAUUAUUAGUUUUUUUUAACUGAACAUUCAUUGAGAUGAAGAUGUGUGUGCUGAGUGGUUUAUGCUGUUUCGGAUAGUUUAAUAUGCAUUUAAUUUCCCCACCAGUUCCCUCAACAGUGCCCCACUAAUUAACUGAGUGAGCCUCGUAGUGCAUAGACGAUCUUUGCAGGCCUCCUGUUAGACAUUGGAUUUGGAUGUUGACACGUAGAGGACUUCCGCGGCCGCAUCGCUCGCAGCUCCGCUUCAUUCUCCCGCACCGCCGGUGUUGAAAAUGGUCUGAAAACGGAUGAAACCACGACCGUUGAACGUGAGGCUCCAGAACCGCAAAAAGAAGGAUUUGUACGGGCAUCUGCGGCAGCGUCAGGGCCGCGGCGCAGACUGACAGGUAUGUCUUCCUCCGCCGAGCGAGAUAGCGUCGUUAAAAAGAAGCACGUCCGAUUCGCCAGCAUGGGGGACGAUGACGACGACGAGCAGGACGAAGACACCCUGUUCGAUAAGAGGAACGACGCGGGGAGAAAGCUCAGGAGCGCUCUGAAGGCUGUCAGGAGGACGGCGAAACCGGGAUGCGAGGACCGGGUGAAGGUGGUCGGUGGAGGAAACGGCGGACGGGGAACCUGCGCGCGCUGGAUGGUCACGCUCGUGCUUUGUGGAUCUUUCCUCGGCUUGGGCAUGAGCAUCUCUGUUCUCGGCCCCACCUUUGAGGAUCUGGCUUUGAAUGUGAAGAAGAACAUCAGCAACAUCUCCUACAUCUUCAUAGGGCGCUCUGGAGGCUACAUUGGUGGAUCUCUCAUUGGGGGGGUUCUCUUUGACUGCAUGAACCCCCACCUGCUGCUGGGAUUUUCCAUGAUUCUCACUGCAUUGGGAAUGUAUGCGAUCCCGUUCUGCAAGCAGGCGGCGCUCCUCACCGCCUUCAUGUCCAGCAUCGGAGUAUCCAUGGGCGUUCUGGACACAGGUGGGAACGUGCUCAUCCUAAACACCUGGGGGGACCAGGCCGGCCCCCACAUGCAGGCUCUUCACUUCAGCUUCGCCGCAGGAGCCUUCGUGUCACCCAUCAUUGCAAAGCUGCUGUUUGGUUCGGACGACAAGGGAACGCAACUUCUGAACGCAACACUUCCCGUCACCAAAGCCCCCGCCCCCGAAACUGCCUUCAACCUCAAGUCCUCCCUGAAGUCCAUGUGGGCCUACAUAGUGAUCGGCUCCUUCCUCUUCCUGGUCUCCGUCCUCUUCUUCUUACUCUACAGUCGCUGUGGCACUGUGAAGGAUCAGUCUCAUUCCGGGUCAGGAAAGCAGCUGGUGGCCAAACACCACCUGGCUCUGGUUUUCCUGCUCUUCCUCUUCUUCUUCGCCUAUGUGGGGGCCGAGGUGGCCUACGGCUCCUUCAUCUUUACCUUUGCCAAGGACUUUUCUCACAUGCCUGAAGCCCAGGCCGCUGGGCUCAACUCGCUUUUUUGGGGUACGUUUGCCGCCAUCCGAGGCUUUGCCAUCUUCUUUGCCACCUGCAUGUACCCCGGCACCAUGAUCCUGCUCUGCCUGCUGGGCUCCACGCUCUCAUCCCUCCUGCUCUGCCUCUUCUGCAACCACAAGGUGGCACUGUGGGUGUGCACCGGCGUGUAUGGGGCCUCCAUGGCCACCACCUUCCCCAGCGGCAUUUCGUGGUUGGAGCAGUACACCACGAUCACAGGCCACACGGCGGCGGUGUUUGUGGUGGGAGCGGCGCUGGGGGAGAUGGUUCUGCCGGCGCUGGUGGGCUUCCUGCUGGGGCGGUUCCCAAAUCAGCCCCUGCUCAUGUACCUGUCCCUGCUCACCUCCACCUUCACCGCCAUCAUCUUCCCCGUUAUGUAUAAGCUAGCCUCGGCCCCCGGCAGCCCCAGGAGGAAGCCAAGUGUUGAACGCCAAAUAGAGGCGGAUGACAGCGAGUACAGACAGGCGCUGUUAGACUCGGGUGACAAUGAGGAGGAAGAGGAGGAACAGGAAGAUGAAGCUGACCAGUGGAAUGAUGCUGACUUUGAGGUCAUCGAGAUGGAUGACGCAUCACCUCCCGCUGACACGGGUGGAGGCGAAGCGCUGUCCUCAGAGGGCUGUUCUGUAGGCGGAGACUCUCCAAGACACAAACUGCUGCGCUCCUUGGACAGGGAAAAGAGUGACCGAAUUUACCCAGAACCACUUUGUGGGCCGGGUCCGGAACAUACCAUGUCUGAAGGUUUGGACUGACCGCUUCAGUGGCUCCUUUCAGAAUUGAGGGUUGUUGAACUCCAGGAAGACGGUGUCCUGCUUCAGGGGCUUCUGAAAACCAUCCAGAUGAAGGCCCCCCAGACCUGGAGCCGGCCCCCCAGGCCUGGAGCCGGCCCCCCCUGAUGUCCUGACACUGGGUGGAACCCCAACUAGAGCCAAAGGUUUUUGAAGGACACGCGGGCAGACUGUUGUGUAAUGUCCUAAUGGUUGAUUGUCAGAUGUUUAAUGUGCUGUCGUGUGUUCAGAUAUGGCAAGCCAGAGGGUCCAUAAACGCCUUUACUUUAUUUUAAGCUACCGUAUUAGAGGCGCAAAAAACUUAGAUUUGUUUAACAUUCAAAACUCAAAAAGUAAAUAUGUGGGCAUAUUUUGACAUGAUAAAAAACAGAACAUUUUUAUUUCAAAUUUUAGUAAUAGUUAAAACUUGUUUUUAAGUGUUUAGAUGAAUGAAGAGACGUCUUGUUUUUCUUGGGUAUUUUAGUAAAAACUAAUUCUGAGUUGCACUGAAGGUUUUGAUUUAACAGUUAAAAAGGUCUGGAUUAAAAGUUAAAAAGAUCUGGAUUUACACAAUUAUUCUACAAAUGUUUUCUGAUGGUUUGGAAAGUGAAAAACCAAACUGCAUGGAAAAGUCAAGUUUCUCUAAAGAUGAAUAUAGAAACUCUAACAAUGUUAUUCUGGUCUUUAGAAAUGAAGGACUGUAAAUGCUGUUCAUUCUAUAAUGCACCAAAAAAUCUCUGAAGGAAGUUUGCUGCUACUCUGUUAUUGUGUUUAUUGUUUCUGAUUAGUAAACAUUAAUAAACAAGCCCUGCAAUGCCCCCCCACCCCCCACUAUUUAGCUCUAUGGGGCUAAAUCAGUUGCUUAUGACGAUCAUCAUUAGCUGUUUGGUGGAAGGCACAAUUUCCCAGCCAUCAAAUGCUGUUCAGUUCUCUGAUUUGAAGUUAGAUUUACUACAAUAAUACCUCGUCGGUAAAUUAAAAUAUGAUCUUUACCUCUCCAUGUGAUUUACUGUAGAACACGGAAUGCACUUUGACUGUCACCGUCUGCACUGAAGACUUUUUGACUGCACUGGCUUGCCAUAUCUGAACCCCACGUGUCGUGACUGUAAAUCAUGUCUAAACUUACAGGUAGCAAGAUGAACUUUUUAUUCUGAAUGUUGUAACCUUCAGCCAGAUUACUGUUCAUUAAAUUCUUCAAAACUACA